GCACCAAAAAGGGAACUUUUCGACAUAUCGACAGGAUAUCCCGAGGCUUUUCAGAUAGGCCAGCCCAUCUAAGCGCAAAACCAAAGGGCAAGCAAAAAACGAGGGGCAUUUUUCACCCCGCGCUUGCGCUUGGAUUUUUUGACGGCUGCCCUCCCUCACUCACUUACCCAGUCGACCCAAGUGAGUCUCAUGAGAGAGGAACGGCGAACAACCCUCAACUAGACCACGACGGAGAACCCCAGAGACAUCUUCAAUAUGGAGUUCCUCGUCCGCUUCUCCCAGGCUCACGAGUCCUUUCGGCUCCCCGAGCUGCAGGCUCUCGCUGAUUUGGAGGGUAUCGACAUGAAGGUUGUCGAGUAUAGCCUAGACUCCCCCUUCUGCAUCAUCACCCUCCCCUCCCUCUCUCACGCCCCCCGCCUCGUCGCCCGCUCCCUCCUAACCCAAUCCAUCCACCUCCUCCUCGCCUCAGCCCCGACCCACGACGAAAUCCACCCCAUCCUCAAAUCCCAACUCGCCUCAGAAUCCCCAUCCUUCGACUGGUCCGCCGUCAGCACCUCAACCUUCAAAUUCUCCCUAGACACAUACCAAUCCUCCCGCCCCCACGCCUCCUUCGUCUCCCUCAUAAACGCCUACAAAUACCUCCCCCUCCACGGCGCAAUCGACCUCAAAACCCCCGCCCUCCACCUCACAAUCUUUGAAGACUGGGAUCUCCGCGGCACAGACGGUCCGAAACGCGUCCACCUGGCCCGCUUCCUCGCCACCGGCGCCCGCUCGCUGUCGCUGAAAUAUGACCUCAAGAAGAGGGGGUACAUCAGCACGACAUCAAUGGACUCUGAACUCGCCCUCGUGACAGCGAACCUCGCACACGCGGCGCCCGGAAAAUUAUUCUAUGAUCCCUUUGUCGGGACGGGGUCCUUCCCCGUUGCGUGUGCGCAUUUUGGAGCGCUUGGGUUCGGGAGCGAUAUCGAUGGGAGGGCGAUUCGCGGGAGUGGAGGGGAGAAGAGCGUGAAGGGUAACUUUGCGCAGUAUGGGCUCUCGGAGCGGAUGGGAGAGUUCUGGACGGCCGAUCUGACGAAUUCGCCGGUGCGGAGGGUGAGGUGGCUCGAUGGUAUUGUGUGCGAUCCGCCGUAUGGUGUAAGGGAGGGGUUGAGGGUCUUGGGAUGUCGGGAUCCGGAGAAGACGCCGUGGGUUGUUGAGGCUGGGAAGCAGCGGUAUAAGUCGGGAGACUUCAUCGCCCCCAAGAAGCCGUACAGCUUCCUCGCCAUGCUUGACGACAUCCUCGAGUUCGCCUCCGAGACCCUCGUCGACGGCGGCCGCCUCUCCUUCUGGAUGCCGACUGCCAACGACGAGGACCAGGAGAUCCCUACACCGCAACAUCCUCGCCUCGAUAUUGUUGCCACAUGCGUACAACCGUUCAACAAAUGGUCCCGUAGACUCAUUACAUACCGGCGCAUCCCCGAUAGCCAGGUAGACCCGGAAAGACUGACGGCCUACAAACGCACUUUCGUAGCGGGAACAACAGCAGAUGAGUUGAACCCCUUCCGACGGGGCUACUUCACAAAGUUUGAAAAAGAAGAAGCCUGAUAGAAGAAGAGACCAAGAAAGAAAAAGACAUGUACAGCAAAAAACCCAGCCCCUUCUUUGAUGAUGCCAUGACCGUUUGCCUGAUAAAAGAUAACAAUGAAAAUACUGUGCGUUUCUCUUUCUUCUGUACGUGUUUUGACCCCCUCCCCCUAAGUUCGCUAGCCUUGGAAUAUAUCCAUACUUAUACCCAAGGCAUACCAUGGCAUCGUCAUUUGAUAUCAUUUGCAAAAAAAAA